AUGACUGACUGGGAGUCAGGCAUCGUGCGCGGCCUCGAGCCUAUCCUCGCGGGCACGCCCCUGGCUCCCCGCGAAGCCGCCCUGACAGCGUACGAGAACGUCGAACGCGACCUCCAGUCCCGCUACCCGACCAUGCGCUACAGCGAGCUCCUCACCCGAGUCCACGCCGAGCUCGACGCGCGCGCCCACAACCUCUCCGCACCUGCCGAACCCUCCGGGAGCACAGCCGCUACCGUAGAGAACAGCUCCGGCGCGGUGGUCGAGGGCACUACAGUCGGGUCCUCCGCGUCCGCGUCAGAAUCCCCGGACGCGCACACCGCGUUCGGGCAGAGCAUCGGCGGGUGGCCGCCCUUCCCGGACACGAUCGCCGCGCUCACGACGCUCAGCAAGCACUUCAAGCUCACGGUCCUGUCCAACGUCGACCGCGCGUCCUUCGCACACACCCAGCGCGCGCUCGAGGGCCCGUCCGACGCGCCGCACUUCCGCUUCUCGGCCGUCUACACCGCGGAGGACGCCGGCGCGUACAAGCCCGAUCCGCGUGCGCGCGAGUACGCGCUGCGCCGCGUGGAGGCAGAGCUCGGCGUCCCGCGGGAGCAGGUCCUCGUCGUCGCGGUGAGCGUGUCGCAUGACGUGCAGCCGUCGAGGGAGAUCGGCUUGGGGACGGCGUGGAUCUCGAGGAAGGGGACGCGCAUUGGCUGGGAUGAGGCCGAAGGGUCGAAGGCGACGUUCAGGUUCGACACUCUGGGUGAGAUGGCCGAGGCGGUCGAGCGCGAGACGAAUGGGGCAUAG